AUGGCGAACCGCUCUCCAACAAGAUCCAAUAUAUUGUAUGAUGUAAGUGUUCUAUCAAGGUUCAUGCAUUGUCUGAGUGAAGUACAUUUGACGGCAGCCAAAAGAAUUGUGCGAUAUAUCAAAGGAACCAUAACUUAUGGAGUCACGUUUCAAAAGAGUCAACCUGUGAAGCUUUUUGGGUAUUCUGACAGUGAUUGGGGCGGUUCCAUGGAUGAUUUGAAGAGUACUUCAGGAUAUUAUUUCAGUCUAAAUUCAAGAAUUUUCUCGUGCAGUUGUAAGAAACAGGAUAUUGUGGCUCAAUCUACUCCCGAAGCUGAGUUUAUGACAGCUACAUCAGCAGUAAAUCAAGCAUUGUGGCUGCAGAAAAUUUUGGUUGAUCUGCAUAUGGAACCAACAUGA